GGUUACCAUUUCCAGGCAAAAAUUCUUUUUUUUUAACACAUUACAAGAAGGAAGUUUUUAUCGUUGAAUUCAUGAAUCAAUUUAAACUAGACCACUAGUGAAAACUUGUAAGCACUGAACAAGACUUCAUACUAGGACGAAACGAAUGUCCAGUGCUUCCAGGUUUUCAAUAGUGGUUUAGCUUCAAUCGACUCAUGAAUUCAACUAUUAAAAAUGAUUACAAUCUUCCAAGCCACGCCGAAAGGCGGUUUCGGAAGCGAGUGACAGUUGGUGCUGGUUCCAUAGGUCCUUCGGGUCUGGCGCCCGCCGUUGUCGAGCACCAUGCUCAUACAAGGCGGGAAACGCCAGCGCCGGCAAGUAAAAAUGGCCUUACUCGCCGGCCCUUCACCCCAGGUUGAUCGCCUAUUCUAUGUGCACGAUUACCGCACAAACGCUAGGUUCUUGGUAGACACUGGGGCCCAAGUUUCUGUCGUACCACGAGAUAGCAGCAAGUCACAAGCCACAGUGCUUCGACUACGCGCUGCGAAUGGCUCGGUCAUUCCUACCUACGGUACACGACAACUCGCGGUCAACCUGGGCAACCGACGACGGUAUCUUUGGACAUUCAUCAUUGCUGAUGUUCCCACAGCCAUACUAGGUAUCGAUUUCCUACAGCACUAUAAAUUGCUUGUCGAUUCACGUAGGCUGCAGCUAAUCGAUACUUCGUCGAACAGUAAAUUCAUGGGCUGUAAAGCCCACAUGAACGCGUACCGAAUCCUCGGCACUUUUUACUCGCGUGACGAUAAAUUCCACGCUUUAUUCGAGAAAUUCCCAGUACUCACUAAACCACUCGAGGAGCUUCCAUCGGUGACCAUUCGUGUGGUACACCACACAGUCACCCGCGGACCGCCAGUCACGGCACGACCUCGCCGACUGGCACCUGACAAAUUAGCUUUUGCUAAGCGUGAGUUUGACAAUUUACUAGCUACUGGUAUUAUUCGUCCGUCUCACAGUCCAUGGGCCUCUCCUCUUCACAUGGUGCGCAAAAAAGAUGGGGUUAGUUGGAGACCAUGCGGCGACUACCGAGCUCUAAACAUAGUUACGCGCGUUGAUGGCUACCCCAUUCCCCACAUACACGACAUCACAGCAUCGUUCAAGGGCACGACUAUCUUUUCCAAGAUCGAUCUGAUGCGAGCAUAUCAUCAUAUCCCAGUCGCUCUUGAAGAUAUCGAAAAAACUGCUAUCACGACUCCUUUCGGUUUGUUUGAGUUCCUACGAAUGCCAUUUGGAUUACGGAAUGCUGCUCAAACGUUUCAAAGGUUUAUCGAUAGCAUUGUACGAGACCUAGAUUUUGUUCACGUCUAUAUUGAUGACCUGCUAAUCGCAUCAUCAAACGUAGAUGAACAUUAUCAACAUCUUACACUAUUAUUCCAACGUUUUUCGGAUAAUGGAAUAGUAGUUAAACCAGACAAAUGCGAGUUGGGUAAACGAGAAAUAAUAUUUCUGGGUCAUGUUAUCAACCAAAAGGAUAUUCUACCUUGUGAGGACAAAGUGCAAGCAAUAAAGGAGUACAACGUUCCGUCCUCACUCAAGGAACUGAAGGCUUUUCUCGGUUUGGUUAACUUCUACCGUCGCUUCAUCCCACACGCGGCAGAACGAUUACGACCACUAACCGACCUACUUCGCGACAACCCACGCAGAUUAGAAAUGAACGAUUCUGCACGUACUGCAUUCACAGAGAUCAAAACCGCUCUUGCGCAAGCCACUCUUCUCGCCUAUCCCGAUCCAUCAGCCACGCUUAGUAUAGCGGUUGAUGCAUCCGAUGUCGUUAUAGGAGCAGUCAUGCAACAAAAUAUCUCCGGUAGCUGGAAACCCCUCGAGUUUUUCUCACGAUGCCUUACUUCCAUGGAGACGAAAUAUAGCGCUUUUGGUCGCGAGCUGAUAGCAGCCUACUGUGCCAUCAAACACUUUCGGCACGCAGUAGAAGGACGUCAAUUCAUCUUAUUAACCGACCAUAAGCCAUUAACGUAUGCUUUGCAUACAAGUCUGACCGCUACUCACCACGAGAGUGCAGACAUUUGGAAUAUAUCUCUCAGUUCACGACAGACCUUCGUCACAUCAAAGGCAAGUCGAACUGUGUUGCCGAUGCUCUAUCACGAAUCCAAACGAAUGCAGUUACUCUGCCGGUGCUCGAUCUCCCUGCUAUGGCCGCUGCCCAAGCAUCGACCGCUUCACCAGAUGGCUCGAAGCUAUACCCAUCACGUCUAUCACGGCGGAGACAGUUGCUCACCGCUUCGUACAACGAUGGAUACCUCUAUACGGUUGUCCCUUGACUGUCACGACUGACUGAGGACAACAAUUUGAGUCCGCAUUAUUCUCAUCACUUACUCGGCUGCUUGGUACGGAACGCAUGCGCACUACCGCCUACCAUCCAGCUUCAAAUUGUUUAGUUGAAAGGUUUCACCGUCAACUUAAAAGUGCUCUUCGAGCACAUGAAAACGACGACUGGUACGAAACCUUACCGCUCGUUCUUUUAGGUAUCAGAACGAGCUUACAAGCAGAUAUCCAAUGUUCCGCCGCUGAACUAGUAUACGGCACGACAUUGCGUCUGCCAGGGGAAUUCUUCACACCACGAAGCAGACAUGAUUUUGCUAAAUCAGACUACGUCUAUCGACUGUCUGCAUUUAUGCGAACGCUGUCUCCGGUGUCAACUCGAAUACAACAUCGACAGGUCGCUCUCCCUCGAGAGUUAUCUACCUGUUCACAUGUUUUCAUACGAGUAGAUUCGGUACGCAAACCUUUGCAACAACCUUACGAAGGCCCUAUUCGCGUGAUCGCUCGUCACGAAAAGACCUUCAAGGUUGAUCAACACGGCCGCGUCGAGAUCGUCCACAUUGAUCGUCUCGAACCAGCACACGUCGAUGACAGUGCCCUAUCUGAUAACUUGAGAUUCAAUGCUAGACCUAUCAAAUCUACUAGCGGGAUCCUCAAACUAUCUUCAGGUUCCACGCUAGAUACACCUGAAACCUCAUUCUCACGUCCCAACCAACAGCACGCGUCAUCUGCACCGUCUACGGACGAGACGACAGUCUCACGUCCAGAUCAUCAGACCACGCCGCCCUUGAAUUCGGAUGAGUUUGCAGGCUCACGCGACGCGAACGAGACUACCGUCUCACGUUCCGGUCGCCGAGUACGGUUACCUGUACGCUUUCGUGACUAGUCGCACAGUGAACAACAGAUACGGUGUAGGAUUAUUCCCAUACUACACGCAUGCUACACUCUUCUUUUUUUGAUUUUCUUUUUGUUUCCUGAGCCCACGCCUUCGACCAUCUCCGUUCGGUUCCGUCGACUUCAGUCAACUUUGGUGAAAGCUGGCCUGAUCACCCACGCUCUUGUCAACGCACUCAGUCGAUAUAUUGGUUAGAAUGUUUGGCAUACGCCUGGUCUCGAACUUGGUCGUUGCGGUCGCUUCUGGUCUUUUGGCUCAACGUGGUUUCGUCCUACUUCUGCAGCGUUUCUGGUCCGCAUUUCCUACGAACGCCAUCUUCAGAUUCUUGAUACAAACCACUCGUGUGGCAUGCCAACUCAAGCAACAAGUACAGCACAUCGCUCCUGGUACCGUUCUUCAAAAACGACCUUCGUUGGCAACUCGACGAUCAAAGAUCACUUUCCUGUUCGCCAAUUCGUUCGUCCUACAAUCGCUCGUCAGCUGAUCAGUCCCACGAUUUAAACCGCUAUUUAUCGAAAGUGUAAACCUUUUCUAGCGGGGGGCUCCUGUAGUGACUCACAUUUAUCACAAGAACACGGCUGGUUUAAUAAAAACAAUUAUUAUUAUAACCAAUUGUACCAGUGUUUGUU